AUGGUUUUGAGAAGUGUGCUUCCAGUUGAUGAGGACUCGACGAGCGACAACUCUCCGUUCCGGCCCUCGACAUUCGCCCCUUCGACUCCCGCGCCCAUCCCGUUGCCAACGACCUCGAACAGCAACCCCACUGCAAUUCGCUCAUCCAGCGGUAUGAGAUCAUCAAGCCUCGACGACAUGGGUUUCGACCCUGCAUCCACAGAGACUACCACUCGACCUCGUUCGCUCUCCUCGCCAACUCCGAAGCUCGACGCUCAGCGCCCGCCUUCGUCUUCUGCCACCAUCUCCUUGAAGCCACCUAUUCACGGCUUCGACAAUUGGUGCGGCCCAUGUCACGUCAAUAGCAAGGUCAAGCAAGAGAAAGAGUGGAUGCCGGCCCAGGCACCGGAGAUCGAGAAGGACUAUACCCACACCAUGGCCCCCAAAGAACAAGAGACGCCCUUCCAAGGCCUCAUCCGCAGCUCUGGUCGCCGUAAGCGCACUCUGUCCUCGCCUCUUUCUGGUCAAUUCGCUCAACGCGAUGAUGAGAAGAAGUCUGCAUUCUCCGAAGCCGGUACGUGGAAAGCUCUGAGGGCUUUCCGCCAGGAAUCUCGCAACUAUCUCCAUACUACCGAGGUCGACCGUGCUCCUCGCUACGGCAGGGACACGCCUGUCACGAUACGAUCCCAUGAGAUGAGGCAUGACAAGCUGUCGAAGAUCCAGGAGCGGGAAGCAGAUGUGGCACUGCGAGAAGCAAAGGUGCCGGAGCGGGAGAGGAUCAUGUCAGCACGGGAGAGCAAGGCAUUUCACCUCGAGAUUGUGCGCAACCACAUCCAGCCGCAAGCUAAAUUCAAUACCAAGUUCGACAUGGCCAGAACGUGGGAGCAGGAGUCUGAUGCGGUGUGGAGGGAGUGCAUGGAGGUAAUCCGCUCGGGUCGGCGAGAUGUCAACAAGCAGGAGAGGGCACAGGAGGAGAAAGAGAAAAACACGGAGGAUGAAAAGAGCGAGGGCUACGAGAUGGUAGACAAGGCUGACGCCUAG